AUGUCGAUCAAGACUCCUUUAUCGACUCACGAUUCUACCAAAAUCUAUAAAUCCCCAAUCCCCUUCAAUGACAUUGAUUUCUUAACUUCUGCAACACGUUGGACUCGGUCCCAUAUUUUUCCUUCACAAACUGCAACUCAAAGCUCUUCACCGUCUUCUCAAGCUGCUGCUGCUGCGGCUGCUGCUGCCGCGGCCGCUGCAGCCGCUGCAGCUCCAUCUUCGCAGUUUAAAGACUCAUCUCAACCGAUUGUUAUAGGAGGUCCGGCUUCACCCCCUCCAGCCUCCGGCUUUGCGGAUGCCGCGCUGCUCCAAGCCAGUGCACGCAAUGCUUAUCAUGCAAAACCAAACAUUGAGCUUUCGUCAAAUUCUGGCCAAGUACUGCUAGCGUACCCCUCUGUUGCACAACUCUGGAGCUUCUCAGCUAAAGAUUGCUCGUUUUGCAUAUCAGGCUCUACCUUUGGGGUUAAUGGGAAAAUUAUUACAGCCCAUUUCAUUCCAGCCACAGCCGCAAAUAUUACACCUUCUACAGACUCUUCGACAUCGUCAUCAGAAAAUAAAUCAAGAAAAGAUUCCUACGACGAUAAUGGUCUGCUGACCUCUGACGCAACCCGCAACCUCGUUCUUCUUCAGGUCCUCCGCAAAGAAACAAUUUACUUGGAGGUUCACCAACUUAAUAAAAAACCAAGCUUUGUACAGUCGCUCGUCUUGCCACCAGCGUCUUCCGGUCCAGGACCCUACUCCAUUUAUGCAAAACACUCGGCUUCAUGCAUUGCAAUCAUCACAACUUCUGGUGUAGUCACUCUCUUUUCUGUCCCAGAGUUUUUGCCUCUCCCUCUUUCAGGUCUCGAAACAAACCUUAAUGCUGAGGGGCUCCCACUCUUUGACAUUUCUGGUCGCUGGCUCGUGUAUUCCCCAACACAGCUCAUGCCACCAGGUGCACGGCCAGACUCCUCAUCUGCCUUGGGUUCUACUACAUCCUCUAAUAAUGGGGCUGCCCAGGGUCCCUCAGCUUCAGCUCUCUACACUCCUCUUAAACUUCCUCCCCCAGGACAAUUACUAGACCGUAUAUUAGAAAACCUCUCCAUCACAACUGCAUCUUCCCUCAAAACCAUCUCCGACGUUGGUGUUGCCGGUAUUAAGCACUACUUGGCGCCAGCAGCAGGAGCAGCUGCCGGUGUUUCAGGCGUCAGCAGCGGUGCCUACAAUAAUAAGCGCCGUGAAUCGAACAUUAUUCUUGUUGGAAAUAACAAGUUUAGCGUCGAUUCGUCUGGUCGCGUUGCUGUAGCACCUCCAAAGUAUGACGGUGGUGGUGGACUUGGUGGUGGGCUUGGGGGCGGCGUUGCAGGCGGGAUGCGUCCUGCCGUACCAGCUGCUGUUGUUGCGAAUUUGCCUGCUGCACUUUCGAGCUUGUUUCAGGUAAAUGCUAAUUCCCCACCUGUCCAGGUGAUUGAUCUUGAGACAAAUUCGCCUAUCUGUACUUUUACCCCACCACAGGGCAUUUCCCACCUUUCCCUUUCGCCCUUUGACUCUGUGCUGGCCACGGUCUCUGCGCGUGGAGAAAAUAUAUUUACUUUUGACUUGUCGUUUGUGCCUUACCAGGUCAGCCUCAGCGGCAAGUAUUCUCGUGGCAUGACACCUGCCAAGGUGUUCCAAGUUGAAUGGGACAGUGAUGGCGGGUUUGGUAUUAUUACCCGUGAAAAGGGUAGUGUUCACUGGUUUGAACGUCAGCCAUGGAACGCCUUUGAAACUACAAUGUAUUCUCCAGCAGGAUCAUCUCCAGCUUCUAUCAGUUCAAAAGGUGGAUUCAACGGCUCACCAGGAGGAGGUGGUGGGGUUGUUGGUGGUGGGUUAACUGGCGGGGGUGGUGGUGGUGGAGGAGGAGGGGUACUUGGCAGUAGGGAUGUUUCUGGAUCUGGUAGUGGUUCCGGGAGUGGUAAUGGCAGCGGCAACAGUAACAAGACUGGUCCACUCUCGCGAGUCAUUUUCAAUAAUUUUAGCAAGAUUUGGAAGUUAUCUGGAUGGAAUAUCCAGAGCAUGAUGCUUGUCCCUGAAACGAUUGGCAGCGAGAAAGAUCCCCGCAAACGUCACCAGUCCCAAGUACCUACACCUCUCCCAUCUCCGGAUUCAGCUGCUGCCGCGCAUGAAUCAACCGAGAAUCAUGGGCAAGGAGAAAAUAACAAUAACAAUAAUGAGAAUCAAAUUAAUGAUUCGCUUACAAAUGACGUUCUUUCCAAAGGAGGUAAUCUUAGUAAUAUUGAAGCUGCUCCGUAUAAUAAGAUUUUAAUGUUACGUGAAGGCCAGCUUCUUGUUGUUGAUGUUGUGACUGGGUGCACGGCUUGGAAAUACGAUUUGCCAUGGCAUCCAGUUGCUGAAAGUUUUUUGACACCGGAGAUUGGUAUUGAGAUUGUCAAGGAUGGAGAAAGUGCUCUUGGCAAUGGAAUCAAGAGCAAGAUUCAUGUUCCAGAAAAUGAUCAACGUAUGGAUCUUGUGCAGAAGGUGGAGCCACUAGCAUUUUUCGAAUUGGAACCUUGCUUGCCUUAUCCUUUUUUGCAUACAGACCGACACAUUAUUUUGGCAACAUAUGAAGACGAAGAUGAACAGUAUGAGAAUGGUGGAGGUGACAAGUACGGUGAGGAGAACCCAUACUUCCCUAGUACUAUGUUUGGGAUGCCAAUCAAAGACAGUGAGCUGGAUUUCGGACGAGCUAAAGGCCAGGUCGAGUUUAUUGAGUUUGCAGGGUACGGAGGUGAGUCGCAAACAACGUUGGAAUCUGGAAGUGGAGGAGUUGGAACACCCAUAUUUAACGUGGAGAUGGACGGUGAGGGAGGGAAUGGGCAGCAACAACAGCAGCCUGUGUUUACGCCGUGGUCGCCUACAAAAGCUAGUGAGCUUGAACAGGCCAUGCAAAGUAUGGUGAUGUUUAGCAACCAUGAAGAUGAAGAUGAAAUGCUCAUUAUAAGCUGA